AUGAGCCCACUGUGGACCUUCGUCUUCCUGCUGUCAGCUCCCAGCGGCGUCCUGUCCCAGGUGCAGCUGCAGGAGUCGGGACCCAGCCUGGUGAAGCCCUCACAGACCCUCUCCCUCACCUGCGCUGUCUCUGGAAUCUCAUUAAGCAGCAAUAGUGUAGCCUGGAUCCGCCAGGCUCCAGGGAAGGCGCUGGAGUGGGUUGGUGGAAUCAGUAGUGGUGGAAGCACAGGCUAUAACCCAGCCCUGAAAUCCAGGCUCAGCAUCACCAGGGACACCUCCAGGAGCCAAGUCUCCCUCUCACUGAGCAGCGUGACACCUGAGGACACGGCCCUGUAUUACUGUGCAAGAGACACAGUGAGGGGAAGCGUCCUGUCCCAGGUGCAGCUGCAGGAGUCGGGACCCAGCCUGGUGAAGCCCUCACAGACCCUCUCCCUCACCUGCGCUGUCUCUGGAUUCUCACUAAGCAGCUAUGGUGUAGGCUGGGUCCGCCAGGCUCCAGGGAAGGCGCUGGAGUGGGUUGGUGGAAUCAGUAGUGGUGGAAGCACAGGCUAUAACCCAGCCCUGAAAUCCCGGCUCAGCAUCACCAGGGACACCUCCAGGAGCCAAGUCUCUCUCUCACUGAGCAGCGUGACACCUGAGGACACGGCCGUGUAUUACUGUGCAAGAGACACAGUGAGGGCAAGUCAGAGCGUCCUGUCCCAGGUGCAGCUGCAGGAGUCGGGACCCAGCCUGGUGAAGCCCUCACAGACCCUCUCCCUCACCUGCACUGUCUCUGGAUUCUCAUUAAGCAGCAAUAGUGUAGCCUGGAUCCGCCAGGCUCCAGGGAAGGCGCUGGAGUGGGUUGGUGGAAUAGUUUAUAGUGGAAGCACAGGCUAUAACCCAGCCCUGAAAUCCCGGCUCAGCAUCACCAGGGACACCUCCAGGAGCCAAGUCUCCCUCUCACUGAGCAGCGUGACACCUGAGGACACGGCCGUGUAUUACUGUGCAAGAGACACAGCCCCCGGGCUUUUUGCUGGGCGAGGCUGGAGAUGGCACCACUGUGAUUACUACGGUAUAGACGCCUGGGGCCAAGGGAUCCUGGUCACCGUCUCCUCAGCCUCCACCACAGCCCCGAAAGUCUACCCUCUGGGUUCUUGCUGCGGGGACACGUCCAGCUCCACCGUGACCCUAGGCUGCCUGGUCUCCAGUUACAUGCCCGAGCCGGUGACCGUGACCUGGAACUCAGGUGCCCUGACCAGCGGUGUACACACCUUCCCGGCUGUCCUGCAGUCCUCCGGGCUCUACUCUCUCAGCAGCAUCGUGACCGUGCCCGCCAGCACCUCAGAAUCCCAGACCUUCACCUGCAACGUAGCCCACCCGGCCAGCAGCACCAAGGUGGACAAGCAUGUCGGGGCUGACACCUGUUAUGUCUUCCCCAAAGCCCCUGAACUCCCCGGAGGACCGUCUGUCUUCAUCUUCCCCCCGAAACCCAAGGACACCCUCACAAUCUCUGGAACACCCGAGGUCACGUGUGUGGUGGUGGACGUGGGCCAGGAUGACCCCGAGGUCAAGUUCACCUGGUUCGUGAAUGACGUGGAGGUGCACACGGCCAGGACAAAGGCGAGAGAGGAGCAGUUCAACAGCACCUACCGCGUGGUCAGCGCUCUGCCCAUCCAGCACCAGGACUGGACUGGGGGAAAGGAGUUCAAGUGCAAGGUCUACAACGAAGGCCUCCCGGCCCCCAUCGUGAGAACCAUCUCCAGGACCAAAG